CUGAAGCGGGCGGUCUAUGUGCUGAGCGCCCUCUCGGCUCUAGCCGCGCUCUAUUUCCUCCUGCGGGCGUUCCGCCCUAGGUCAGAGGGACCCAGAAACGAGCGAAAAACUCAUUUCAGGUUGAAGAAACCUCAGCGGAAGAAAUACGGGCUCCUGUCAAACUAUGACGAGAACAUGGAGGUGGCCUCGCUCGACAGCGACGAGGACACGGUGUUUGAGAUGAGAAACCUGAGGCGGUAA